AUGUCUCUCUCCCCGUGCCGGGCCCAGAGGGGCUUCAGCGCUCGCUCGGCCUCUUGUGCCCCCGUGGGGACCCGUGGCAGGGGCGGCUUCAGCAGCAGGAGCUUCGGCUCCUUCGGGGGGUUCCGGGGAGGCUGUCGUGGCAGGGCCUGGGGGUCCGGAGCGAGGCUGGGGCUGCAAUUUGGCCAGGGGCGUGAUGGAGCUGGGCUUUCCCUGUGCCCUGCCGGGGGCAUCCGCGAGGUGACUGUCAACCAGAAUCUGCUGGCCCCCUUGAAGAUCAGCGUGGACCCCCAGUUCCAAGCGGUGCGGACGCAGGAGACCCAAGAGAUCAGGACCCUCAACAAUCAGUUUGCUUCCUUCAUUGACAAGGUGCGCUUCCUGGAGCAGCAGAACCAGGUGCUGGAGACCAAGUGGGCGCUGCUGCAGCAGCUCGGGGUGAGCGAUGGCCCCAGGGACCUGCGGCCCACCUUCGAGGCCUACCUGGCCCAGCUCAGAGGGCAGCUGGAGCAGGUGCAGAGAGCGCGGGGGGCUCUGGAUGCUGAGCUGAAGACCUGCCAGGACCAGGAGGAGGAAUACAAGGCCAAGUACGAGGAGGAGGCCCGCGAGCUUGCCACCGCUGAGAAUGACUUUGUGGUCCUCAAGAAGGACGUGGACGGGGUUUUCCUGAGCAAGAUGGAGUUGGAAGGGAAGCUGGAGACUCUGCGCGGGCACCUGUCUUUCUUGAGACGUCUCUAUGAGGAAGAGCUGGGCCAGUUCCAGGGCCAGGGCAGCGAUGCGUCCGUGGUGCUGUCCAUGGACAACAGCCGGAGCCUGGACUUCAGUGACAUCAUUGCCGAGGUGCGCGCCCGCUACGAGGACAUCGCCCGGAGCAGCAAGGCCGAAGCCCAGGCCCUGUACCAGACCAAGUACCAGGAGCUCCAGGCAUCCGCGCAGCUCCGCGGGGACAGCAUGAAGGCAGCCAAGGCCCAGCUCUCCCAGCUGCAGCGUGCCGUCCAGCAGCUGCAGAGUCAGAUUGAGAUCCUCAAAAAGCAGAACAGCAACCUGCAGACGGCCAUGGCUGACGCUGAGCAGCGCGGCGAGCUGGCCAUCAGGGAUGCCCAGGCCAAGCUGGACGGGCUGGAGGGGGCUCUGAGGUCCACCAAGCAGGACCUGGCCCGGCUGCUGCGGGAUUACCAGGAGCUCAUGAGCGUGAAGCUGGCGCUGGACGUGGAGAUCGCCGCCUACCGCAGGCUGCUGGAGGGCGAGGAGAGCAGGAUGUCGGGGGAGUGCCCCAGCCAGGUCGUCGUCGCCACGGUGGGAGGCAGCGCCACGGUGCCUGGAGGAACAGGGGGAGGUGUGGCAGGUGCUUGUGGAUUCGGAGAUGGGAGAGGCAGCUCCGGGUCUGGCUGCUCCAGCAUCGUGACCGGAGGCGCCAGCGUCACCCUGGGCUCUGGGCAGGGCCCUGUUUGGGGUUCCUGCUCUGUGUCCGGCUCCGGCUCUGUGUCCAGCUCCGGCUCUGGCUCCGGUAGUCGCACCAUCCUGAAGAAGACGGUUGAGUCAAGUCUGAAGACAUCUGUCAUCUACUAA